AUGUUUUAUACCAAAGAUACCACACAAAAUUUUGGUUAUUAUCUGCUCCUGUGAAAACUGCUUGUAUCAAUUUUUAUAUUGAAUUUCUGCAAUUGCUUAUUUUCGACCCUUAUAAAUAUUUUUUUUGGGAGUUGUGUUGCUUCUGUUUUAAGUUUUGAAUUUAAAUUUUAGAUGUUAAACGAGAGAAGUUCGGAAUCUUUCGCUUUACUACUAUUAAUAAUAUAAUAUAAUUUUUUUUAUAUUUUACCAGCCACGAGAAUUUUUCUUCUUUUGUAAAAUAUCAAUACUUUAUUUUUUACAGCAGAGAAGUCAGAAAUAAUUGUGAUUUACAAAAAAAAUAGUUCUAUCUGAAGCGAAAACUUUAUUUUUGAGUUAUCAUCUGAUAAUAAUGCCUUUACUGGCUGGCAUAACUGUGAAUAUUCAGAGAUUUCAAUUUGCCUUAAUCUUUAUGAAAAUGCUGGUCUAGUUUUAGACUUAACAGAAAGCAUUGAAACUCAGUUUUUUAUUUCAGAAAUGUGCAAAGAAAGAGAAAUUUCCCAUUUGGUGUUUGAAAAUAAGUUAAAUUAUAUUGAUCAUUGAACUUUCUCAAUAAUGCCUUCAUCUUCGGACCAAAUUAAAUCUUUUAUAGCUUACUCAAAUAUUUUGGUUGAGAAAGAGGCCUUAUGAUCUAUAAUGGGAUAA